GCCGGAUCCCUGACGAGCACCCCAACUUGUUCUGUCUUCCCGCUUGCUGGCAGGGUCCCCGCGGCCCGAGAGAGCCCCGCGGCCCGCACCCCAACCCCAGCGCAGUCCCGGCCGGUCGGGCCUCAGCCGGAGAAACAGUUGGGACCCGGAGUCCAGCAGGAUGGCCCAGUGGAACCAGCUCCAGCAGCUUGACACCCGGUACCUGGAGCAGCUGCACCAGCUGUACAGCGACAGCUUCCCGAUGGAGCUGCGGCAGUUUCUGGCCCCGUGGAUCGAGAGUCAAGAUUGGGCAUAUGCUGCAAGCAAAGAGUCACACGCCACGUUGGUGUUUCACAAUCUCUUGGGUGAGAUUGACCAGCAGUACAGCCGCUUUCUCCAGGAGUCCAAUGUACUCUACCAGCACAAUCUGCGCAGAAUCAAGCAGUUCCUUCAGAGCAGAUACCUUGAGAAGCCCAUGGAGAUUGCCCGAAUCGUGGCCCGGUGCCUGUGGGAAGAGUCCCGCCUCCUCCAAACGGCAGCCACAGCAGCCCAGCAAGGGGGCCAGGCCAACCAUCCCACCGCUGCCGUGGUGACAGAGAAGCAGCAGAUGCUGGAGCAGCACUUACAGGAUGUUCGGAAGAGAGUGCAGGAUCUCGAACAGAAGAUGAAAGUGGUGGAGAAUCUCCAGGAUGACUUCGACUUCAACUACAAAACCCUCAAGAGUCAAGGAGACAUGCAAGACCUGAAUGGAAACAACCAGUCAGUGACCAGGCAGAAGAUGCAGCAGCUGGAGCAGAUGCUCUCAGCGCUGGACCAGAUGCGAAGAAGUAUUGUGAGUGACUUGGCGGGGCUUCUGUCGGCGAUGGAAUAUGUGCAGAAGACGCUCACGGACGAAGAGCUGGCCGACUGGAAGAGGAGGCAGCAGAUCGCUUGCAUUGGAGGCCCCCCCAACAUCUGCCUCGACCGGCUAGAAAACUGGAUAACCUCAUUAGCAGAAUCUCAACUGCAGACCCGCCAGCAAAUUAAGAAACUGGAGGAGUUGCAGCAAAAAGUGUCUUACAAGGGGGACCCCAUUGUGCAGCACCGGCCAAUGCUGGAAGAGAGAAUUGUAGAGCUGUUCAGAAACUUAAUGAAGAGUGCCUUCGUGGUGGAGCGGCAGCCCUGCAUGCCCAUGCACCCCGACCGGCCCCUGGUCAUCAAGACUGGGGUCCAGUUCACCACUAAAGUCAGGUUGUUGGUCAAAUUCCCUGAAUUAAAUUAUCAGCUUAAAAUUAAAGUAUGCAUUGACAAAGACUCUGGCGACGUCGCAGCUCUCCGAGGAUCUCGGAAGUUUAACAUUCUGGGCACGAACACGAAGGUGAUGAACAUGGAAGAGUCCAACAACGGCAGCCUCUCUGCAGAAUUCAAGCACUUGACCCUGCGGGAGCAAAGAUGCGGCAAUGGGGGCCGAGCAAAUUGUGAUGCCUCCCUGAUUGUCACCGAGGAGCUGCAUCUCAUCACGUUUGAGACGGAGGUGUACCACCAAGGGCUCAAGAUCGACCUGGAGACCCACUCCUUGCCCGUCGUGGUCAUCUCCAAUAUUUGCCAGAUGCCAAAUGCCUGGGCUUCCAUCCUGUGGUACAACAUGCUGACCAACAACCCCAAGAACGUGAACUUCUUCACCAAGCCCCCCAUCGGGACCUGGGAUCAAGUGGCCGAGGUGCUGAGCUGGCAGUUCUCCUCCACCACCAAGCGGGGGCUGAGCAUCGAGCAGCUGACCACACUGGCGGAGAAGCUCUUGGGACCUGGUGUCAACUACUCAGGCUGUCAGAUCACAUGGGCUAAGUUUUGCAAAGAAAAUAUGGCCGGCAAGGGCUUCUCCUUCUGGGUCUGGCUGGACAACAUAAUUGACCUGGUGAAGAAGUACAUCCUGGCCCUUUGGAACGAAGGGUACAUAAUGGGCUUCAUCAGCAAGGAGCGGGAGCGGGCCAUCCUGAGCACCAAGCCCCCAGGCACCUUCCUGCUACGAUUUAGCGAAAGCAGCAAAGAAGGAGGAAUCACCUUCACUUGGGUGGAGAAGGACAUCAGUGGUAAGACGCAGAUUCAGUCCGUGGAACCGUACACCAAGCAGCAGCUGAACAACAUGUCAUUUGCCGAAAUCAUCAUGGGCUAUAAGAUCAUGGAUGCCACCAACAUCCUGGUGUCGCCACUCGUCUAUCUCUACCCUGACAUUCCUAAGGAGGAGGCGUUUGGAAAGUACUGUCGGCCUGAGAGCCAGGAGCACCCAGAAGCUGACCCAGGUAGUGCUGCCCCGUACCUGAAGACCAAGUUCAUCUGUGUGACACCAACGACCUGCAGCAAUACCAUUGACCUGCCGAUGUCCCCCCGCACUUUAGAUUCAUUGAUGCAGUUUGGAAAUAAUGGUGAAGGCGCUGAGCCCUCAGCAGGAGGGCAGUUCGAGUCCCUCACCUUUGACAUGGACUUGAACCCGGAGUGCGCGACCUCCCCGAUGUGAGGCGUGGAGAGCAGAAGCUGCCGAGAGCUGUAGUGGCGGCCCCUCUCCGUGCCCGCCGCCAGACACAGCCGGGCCCCUCCGGAAACUCCUGACAUGGUGGUUCCGGAUUUGUUGUGUUGUGUUUUGUUUGUUUUCAGUCUCCUACCUUUGCUAUCUUGAGCAAUCUGGGCACUUUUUUAAUUCGAGGAAGGAAUGUAGGCGAUGUGUUUUUAUCUGCCGGGCGAGGGAGAGCCGUGUCUGCUGAGACUGUGAUCAGGGGAUAAGAAGAGGGUGGGGGGGGCGGCAAGAGGAAGAAAAAGAAAAAGAUGUCUUGUAUUUUUGGAGGGUCUCCCCCGCCCUCCUUUCCCAGCAGCUUCUCACUGUUGUGUUGUUUUGUGUUGGACAAGUGCCUGAGGUUGGUGCCGGUGGCCGCCCUCCACCCGUCUCUGUAAGCUCACGUCAAAGGCUCAGCGUUCUCGCGCUGCAGACUCCUGGCUUUGCACUUUGAACCCUGCUAACAUCCCAAGAGACUCUCAAAAAGCUCCUUGAUUUCUUUUUAAAUCAAGGAAAGAAGAAAAAACAAAUCAACCACAAAACUUAAGGGGCAAAAGGGAACUGAAAGCCCCUUCAGGAGGCCUAGCCUUUUCUGUAUUUAAGACUGCCCGUGUACAGCCUCCCCAGAGCUUUAGCACCGCGCUUUCUUCAAGGCGGUGUUAUAAAAACCUUCAAAUGGGCUUCAGAUCCAACCUUUAAAAGAUGUCUGAAGCUGUGGCUUAGCCUUUUGUUUCUGAAACAGGAAAGGAUCAGGACUUUUUUUUUAAUAUAUAUAAACAAAAUUGUUAUUUUGCC